AAUAAACCCUAGAAUCCCCAUCCAUCUGAGAGAGGUAAGGUAGGUUAGCAUUCCAGCCGCAAUGGGACGUGUGAUUCGUGCGCAGCGUAAGGGUGCGGGUUCCGUCUUCAAGUCCCACACGCACCACCGCAAGGGCCCGGCGCGCUUCCGCAGUCUCGACUUCGGCGAGCGCAACGGCUACCUGAAGGGCGUGGUCACCGACGUCAUCCACGACCCUGGCCGCGGCGCGCCGCUCGCCAAGGUCACUUUCCGCCACCCUUUCCGGUACAAGAAGCAGAACGAGCUUUUCGUGGCCGCCGAGGGCUUGUACACUGGUCAGUUCAUCUACUGCGGUAAGAAGGCCACCCUUGUUGUUGGCAACGUCUUGCCCCUCCGAUCCAUCCCUGAAGGUGCUGUCAUCUGCAACGUCGAGCACCAUGUUGGUGACCGUGGUGUUUUCGCCAGGGCUUCUGGUGACUACGCCAUUGUUAUCAGCCACAACCCUGAUAAUGACACCUCUAGGAUUAAGCUUCCUUCCGGUGCGAAGAAGAUUGUUCCAAGUGACUGUAGGGCUAUGAUUGGGCAAGUUGCAGGUGGUGGAAGGACUGAGAAGCCUCUUCUUAAGGCUGGAAAUGCUUACCACAAGUUUAGAGUGAAGAGGAAUUGCUGGCCCAAGGUGCGUGGUGUUGCUAUGAACCCUGUUGAGCAUCCUCACGGAGGUGGUAACCACCAGCAUAUUGGUCACGCCAGCACUGUCAGGCGAGAUGCUCCACCGGGACAAAAGGUUGGUCUUAUUGCUGCUAGGAGGACUGGUCGCCUUAGAGGACAAGCCGCUGCAACUGCUGCUAAGGCUGAUAAGGGUGCUUAGGAACAACGUUUAUUAUAUUUGAUUGCAUUUUUCAAUUUUGUUUUUCCGAUAGUUUGUGUUAAACUGUUAGUUUAAAUUAGCUCUUUAAACAGCUUGCAUUAUAUCAUGCCAUUUAUUGAUAAGUUUUAAUUGAUAGACUAUAUUCAUUGAUAUAUUUUGAUGAACUUUAAUGCAUAUUUUCACCAUGCAAGUAUGUGUAUCAUUAUCCUGUAUCUGCAACGGUAAUUAACCAUUGGUUAUGGUGACUCUAGUGGUAUUUAACCGGUGGUUAUAUAUUAA